AUGGAAGGACUUGAACAAUCUCAAGAAGAGCUGAGGAGUGAAGUGAACCAGAUGAAGGAGCAAAUGGAAAAAAUCUUAGAAGCUGUGCAGGCGCUCGGAAGAAGAGAAAGCACAGAAGGGAUCCCUUCGAGUGGCGUUGGAGAUCAUGUGACCACUCCAGCUUACCCACCUGGCUUCGAGCCUCAACCUCUGAUCAUUACUCCCCAAGGGGUGAUGUUUCGUUCCGCGCUCCCACAUAACUCCAAUAUCUCUUCGCAAGCAGCGUCACAAUCAUUUAUGCCGUUCUAUGGCAUCCCUCAGAACUAUACGUCUACAGUUGAUCCAAACCCGCUCUUGGGAUUUGCGUCUGAGAUUGGUACAAACUCUGGAAAUCCCACUGCAAACCUGCAGAAUAUCACCCAGCCACAAGAUCACGCCUACACUACUCUGGAAGGAUCUACAGUUAUGACCACUGCUCCUGUGUCACAUCCUCACCAUGCCACACCUGCUCAUGGGCAACCACAAACUACCCUUCACCUUCAAGCAUCCCUGGAAAAUCCCGUACCUCCUCCCUCUGUUUAUGCACAUGCACCGCAUAUUCAAACUGUUGUGGAGGAAGCUCUUACGGGCCUAACCAAAGACGCGUCGAAAGGACAAUUUGCAAUGUUAGAAGAAAGUGAAGCAGACUUGUGCUUAGUCCCGGAUAUCGUCAUUCCUCCAAAGUUCAAGGUACCUGAGUUCGAUAGAUACAAAGGGACCACUUGCCCAAAGAAUCAUCUAACAAUGUAUUGCAGAAAAAUGGCAUCCUAUGCGUAUGACGACAAAUUACUAAUCCAUUUUUUCCAAGAUAGUCUCUCUGGGGCAGCAUCAAGUUGGUAUACACAGUUAGAACGAAGUCACAUUCGCUCUUGGAAGGAUCUCGCCGAUGCGUUCCUGAAGCAAUACAAGUUCAACUUGGAUAUGGCCCCUGAUCGGAUACAUCUUCAGAAUAUGCUGAAAAAAGGGAAUGAGACAUUUAAAGAGUAUGCCCAGAGAUGGAGGGAGAUAGCGGCUCAAGUAUACCCUCCAGUGACUGAUAAGGAGAUGAUAACUAUGUUCGUCGAAACCCUUCAGCCCCCAUUUUACGAUCAUAUGGUUGGAAGCGUCUCUUCCAAUUUUGCAGAUAUGGUAACCGUUGGGGAAAGAGUAGAAAGUGGAAUGCGUACCGGGAGAAUUGCUCAAGCCUCGGGUGGAAUUCCGAGUACGAGGAAACCUACCUACAAUGGCGGAAGGAAGAAAGAAGGUGAAGCACAUGUUGUAGGUUUUGCAGGGCAGGACAGGCAAGCUAACAAUGUCCAUUACUCACCUCGCGCUCAGCCACAGUACCAGACGGUGGCCAACAUUCCACCCUCUACGACUCAAGCACCGCCCUCAGCUCCUGCACAUCCUAGGCAAAAUUUUAGACCAAAUCAAGGUUCUUGGUCUAAUACAAACCAGAGGAGCGGAGAAAGGAGACGUUUCGACCCAAUGCCCAAGACAUACUCAGAGCUACUACCACACCUCAUCAGUAAUUCAUUGGUUGUUCCUACGCCACUGAGGCCCGUUGAACCCCCAUAUCCGAAAUGGUAUGACCCAAAUGCUAAGUGUGACUACCAUGCGGGUGCGAUAGGUCACUCCACUGAAAACUGUUGGCCACUGAAACACAAGGUGCAAGCUCUGAUUGAUGCUAAAUGGUUGACCUUCACAGAAGAGGCAGAUCCAAACAUCAAGAAGAACCCUCUCCCGAAUCAUGGGGAGCAGUCUACCAAUGCAAUUGAGGAAAGUCUCGGUCAAGAAAUGGUGGAAAACGUAGAUGAAGUGAAGACUCCCAUGGGUGUAAUCUUCGUUGAGAUGUGCAAGUACGGCAUGAUAAGCGGGAGUCUAGAUAAGAAGGAGAUGUGUGGUCUCCACCCCGGGUCACAUCACUUGAUCCAGGAUUGUGAAGAGUUUAAACUGGUUCUCCAAAACCUAAUGGAUGAGAAACUGGUACAGGUUUGUCGUGCAGUGAACAACGGUGACGUAUGCGCGAUUGAUGAGCAAGCACCCCCAUUUCGAAAGCCCUUGGUUAUCCCGUAUGUGAAAACUGGCCCUGUCAGCACCCCCACAAUACCAACUCCACUCAUGAUACGCAUGCCAACUCCUUUUCCAUAUAAGGACAAUAAGGCAGUGUCGUGGAAGUAUGACCUAGAGGUUUAUCCGAAUAACUCCCAGCUGAAGAUUAGUGGUCGUGAUACUCCAGUUGUUACCAACAUUUCUGGAAUCGGGAGGAUGACCCGCAGUGGGCGAAUCUAUGGCCGACCAGAAGAUGAUAAAGACAAACCUAAAGAAGCACCGGUGAGCGAAAAAGGAAAAGAGAAAACGGGUGGAGAGGCUGCCAAUGAAAAGAUCGAGGAAAUAGCACAAGAAUCAAAACCUGUGUCUGAUGAGGAGGUGUGCGAAUUGCUGAAAUUCAUAAAGCAAAGUGAGUAUGCAGUGGUGGACCAGUUGAAUCGCAUCCCGGCAAAGAUUUCUCUGUUGGCCCUCUUAAUGAAUUCAGAUCCCCAUAGAAAAGCAUUGUUGAAGGUCUUGAAUGAGGCGCAUGUAACCCAAGACAUCUCAGUGGGUAGGUUUGAAGGAAUUGUUGGUAAUAUCACAGCUAAUAAUUUCUUGGCGUACUCUGACGCUGAGAUUCCCUCUGAAGGCAUUACACACAACAAAGCUUUGUACAUUUCUCUCAAAUGCAUGGAUCAUAUUAUGGCAAAAGCUCUUGUUGAUAAUGGAUCAUCUGUUAAUGUGCUGCCAAAGCCGACAUUUGAUAGACUACCAGCUGGAAGACUGCAAAUGAGGCCUAGUCCUAUGAUUGUGAAGGCUUUCGAUGGUACGAGAAGAGAAGUGUUGGGAGAGAUUGAUUUGCCAGUUUUGGUCGGGCCAGUAACCUUCAUUAUGACUUUCCAAGUGAUGGAUAUGGUGCCGGCAUAUAGCUGUCUCUUGGGAAGGCCCUGGAUGCAUCCUGCAAAGGCCUUGCCAUCCACCCUUCACCAGAAGAUCAAGUUCAUAGUUGAUGAUAAGCUUGUCAUAGUGUCCGCUGAGGAAGACAUGUUGAUAAGCAAGCCAAUAACAGCCCCUUAUAUAGAGGCUGCUGAGGGAGCUGUGGAGGCUUCUUUCCAAUCCUUAGAGAUAGCUAAUGCUACCUAUGUGAAGGAAAAAGCACCGAUUCUGAGGACCGAAUUAUCUGGGGCAUCACCUGCUGCUAAGAUGAUGAUAGAAAAGGGUUACCAAUACGGUUGCGGAUUGGGAAAGGAAGGCCAAGGCAGAACCAAUCUGGUGGAAAUCCCAAUCAACAAAGACCGUUCUGGACUUGGAGCGCUGGAUUCGCUUUUUUUAAGCCAGGUCGCCAUGGCUGCAGAAGAAGCACCUGGAAAUGAACGUGUUGAUCUUGUUCUUCCCUGUGAGCCUGACUCAGAACUCGACAACUGGGAAAUUCUUGAGCUUCCCGUGGUCCUUAGCCCAGAUUCAAAGUACGAAAGUGAUUCUCUUGACGGUGACAGCGCUAGCCCUUUAUCCCAUGAUUUUGAUCGUCCCGUUAAUCAAGCUGAUGAAGUUGAGGAAGAUGAGUGGGAGCCCUCCCCCGAUCUCUUGAGGCUCGUGGAUGAAGAGGAUAGAAAAAUCGAGCCGCAUGAGGAGCCAAUGGAAGUGAUCAAUUUGGGGUCUGAGGAGAACAAAAAGGAGGUCAAGAUUGGCACUUGUAUAAAGGGAGAUGCGCGUGGCAAACUAGUUUCAUUACUCUUUGAAUAUGUUGAUGUCUUCGCAUGGUCUUACCAGGACAUGCCUGGGCUCGACCCUGCAAUCGUAGUGCACAAGUUGCCCAUGAAACCUGAAUGCUCACCGGUCAAGCAAAAGUUGAGGCGCAUGAAGCCUGAGAUGUCGCUGAAAAUAAGAGAAGAAGUUAAAAAACAAUUUGAUGCAGGGUUCUUGGCUGUCUCGAAGUAUCCCCAAUGGGUUGCAAACAUUGUCCCAGUCCCCAAGAAAAAUGGCCAAGUUCGUAUGUAUGUGGAUUAUAGGGAUUUGAAUCGAGCCAGCCCCAAAGACGAUUUCCCCCUGCCUCACAUUGAUGUAUUGGUAGAUAACACUGCUCACCAUUCGUUCUUCUCAUUCAUGGAUGGUUUCUCGGGUUACAAUCAGAUUCGAAUGGCCCCUGAAGACAUGGAAAAAACGACAUUCAUCACGUUAUGGGGAACCUUCUGUUAUAAGGUGAUGUCAUUUGGUUUGAAAAAUGCUGGGGCAACCUAUCAAAGGGCAAUGGUCACCUUGUUUCAUGACUUGAUGCACAAAGAGAUUGAAGUUUAUGUGGAUGAUAUUAUUGCAAAGUCAACAACUGAAGAAGAGCACAUAGCAAAUCUGCAUAAGUUGUUCGAACGACUGAGAAAGUUUAAGCUUCGGUUAAACCCCGCCAAGUGCACCUUCGGAGUGAAGUCUGGGAAAUUGUUGGGAUUCAUAGUGAGCCAGAAAGGAAUAGAAGUUGAUCCAGACAAAGUACGAGCAAUCCAGGAGAUGCCAGCCCCACGUACAGAAAAAGAGGUUCGCGGUUUCUUAGGGAGGCUGAAUUACAUUGCUAGGUUCAUAUCCCAGCUCACUGCCACAUGUGAGCCCAUCUUUAAAUUGAUGCGUAAGAAUCAAUCGAUGGAGUGGAAUGAUGAUUGUCAACGUGCUUUUGAAAAGAUCAAACAAUACUUGCAGAACCCUCCUGUACUGGUGCCUCCCGUUCCAGGGCGACCACUUAUAAUAUAUCUAACAGUCCUGGAGGGGUCCAUGGGGUGUGUCCUGGGGCAACAUGAUGAGUCUGGAAGGAAGGAACAAGCCAUCUACUAUUUGAGUAAAAAGUUCACUGACUGUGAAGCCAGGUAUUCAUUGUUAGAACGAACUUGUUGUGCUUUGGCUUGGGCCGCUCGGCGAUUGAGACAGUAUAUGUUGAGUCACACAACUUGGUUGGUCUCCAAAAUGGAUCCAAUUAAAUACAUAUUCGAAAAGCCUGCUCUCACUGGACGGAUUGCAAGAUGGCAAAUGCUCCUAUCAGAAUACGAUAUUCUGUAUGUCACUCAGAAGUCUGUAAAAGGCAGUGCACUCGCAGAUUUCCUGGCACAUCAACCUUUGAACGAUUACCAGUCGAUGCAAUGUGAAUUCCCAGAUGAGGAUAUAAUGGCAUUAUUUGAAGAAGGAGAAACUUCAAGAGACGGCAAAUGGGUCCUCUUUUUUGAUGGGGCAUCAAACAUGCUUGGACAUGGGAUAGGAGCUGUAUUGAUUUCUCCGGAAAAACAAUAUAUUCCAAUCACGGCCAGGUUAUGCUUUGACUGUACAAAUAACAUAGCAGAGUAUGAAGCAUGUGCAAUGGGAUUGCAAGCAGCCCUGGAGACCAAAAUAAGAAACUUAGAGGUGUAUGGGGAUUCAGCAUUAGUAAUCCACCAGUUGAAAGGGGAGUGGGAAACGCGAGAUGCAAAGUUAAUCCCUUACCAAUCCUACAUUAGAGAGUUGAUGGAGGAAUUUGAUGAGGUUAACCUUCACCAUAUCCCUCGAGAAGAUAAUCAGUUGGCAGACGCUUUGGCAACUUUGUCAUCAAUGUUUGAAGUCAGCCAGGAUGGUGAGAUGCCUCUCAUAAAAACUCAAAAUCAUGAUAAACCUGCAUAUUGCCAAGUUGUGGAAGGGGAGCCUGACGGGAAACCAUGGUAUUAUGACAUCAAGAAGUACAUCAAGUGCAAAGAGUACCCAUCAGUUGCUACUGAAAAUGAUAAAAGGACCCUGAGGAGACUGGCCACCAGUUUCUUUCUGAACGGGGAUGUCCUCUAUAAGAAAAACUUGGACCUCGUACUCCUUCGAUGUGUGGAUGCAACUGAAGCACAAAGAAUCAUCGACGAAAUCCAUGAAGGUUCCUUUGGGACCCAUAUGAAUGGGCAUACAAUGGCAAAGAAAAUCUUAAGAGCAGGAUAUUACUGGCUCACCAUGGAAACAGACUGUUGUAAUCACGUAAAGAAAUGCUACAAGUGUCAAGUGUACGCUGAUAAUAUCAAUGCUUCCCCAGUGUCUCUGAAUGUUAUGACGACACCUUGGCCAUUCUCAAUGUGGGGAAUAGAUGUGAUUGGACCCAUCGAACCAAAGGCAUCAAAUGGGCACCGCUUCAUCUUGGUGGCGAUUGACUAUUUCACCAAAUGGGUGGAAGCCUCGUCUUAUGCAAGUGUGACAAAGAAUGUGGUGGUGAGAUUCAUUAAAAAGGAGCUGAUUUGUCGAUAUGGUCUCCCAAGCAAGAUUAUCACAGAUAAUGGAACUAACCUGAACAACAAGAUGAUGAAAGAGUUGUGUGAUGAUUUCAAAAUCCAGCACCAUAAUUCGACUCCGUAUCGUCCAAAGAUGAAUGGGGCGGUCGAGGCGGCUAAUAAGAACAUCAAGAAGAUCGUUCAAAAGAUGGUCGUAACUUAUAAAGAUUGGCAUGAUAUGCUCCCUUUCGCCUUGCAUGGCUACCGCACUUCUGUGCGAACUUCCACUGGUGCUACCCCUUUUUCCUUGGUGUAUGGUAUGGAGGCGGUCCUCCCAUUUGAAGUAGAGAUCCCAUCAUUGAGAGUGAUAAAAGAAGCCGAGUUAGAAGAGGCUGAAUGGAUCCAAGCUCGCUUUGAACAACUGAAUCUUAUUGAAGGAAAAAGGUUGAAUGCGUUGUGCCAUGGUCAGUUAUACCAGAAACGAAUGAAAAAGGCCUUUGACAAGAGAGUACGCCCGCGAGAACUUCAAGAAGGGGACUUGGUGCUUAAAAAGAUUCUACCAAUUCAUAAGGAUUCACGAGGAAAGUGGACUCCGAAUUAUGAAGGUCCUUAUGUUGUGAAGAAGGCAUUCUCAGGAGGUGCCUUAAUUCUUACUAAUAUGGAUGGCGAUGAACUCCCGCAUCCUGUCAAUUCUGACUCGGUCAAGAAGUAUUACGCUUAGAGCCGGUCAGAUAGGUUGAACAGUCAGUUGCAGCCUAUGAAUGAAAAAAGAGAAUACAAAGAAAUGGAAAAAAUGAAUGAAUAAAAAAAAUGAAAAAAAGAGCUCGUUAGGUUGAAAACCUGAAAAGGCGACCUAGGCAAAAAUUAGAGCAAACCCGUGAGCCGAAAACUCGAAAGAUCGGCCCACUUUGAAACAACCAAAGUUGAACAAAGGAGUAAGGACUAAUGUUGAGACAUGAGGCAAAAUGAGAUUGAAGUAAGAAAAGCGAGUCCUCAGAAUGGAGGGGAUCUUCAUGUGGAAAAGUUGCAAGUGAUUAACAGGCUUCGAGAUCUUGGGCAUGAAUGGCUAGCAUUAACACCGAAAGGGUGUCACUUUGUUCGUGCGUCAUCAGCUUCUAGCCUUUUCUUUCCCAAACUUUUGUCAUCUUUCUCCCACUAUGAAUAUUAUCAUUGUAAACACAACUCCCUUUCUUUGAAUAUCACAUGAAUAUUUGUUGUUCAACUUGUAUUUGUUUGGUGAACAUAUAUUUUAUUUAAGAGGUGAGUCUAUUCCUAAUUAAAGGCUUUCUGUUCGCCUCGAGCAUUUGGGGCAUGUCCAGAAGAAGGGUGUAUGUGAUCAGGGGAUUAAAAAAAAUAUAUAUAUAAAAAAGGAGAAGAGAGCAUCUGAUGCAAAUAUCACAAGGUUCAUGAGGAAUCACUGUUGUUCUUAAGGAAAGUUGAUCCAAGUGUCCCGCAACAUUCGAUACUGCAAGGAUGGGGGAUC